AUGGCCUCAAUUCUUUUUUCUCUAGGUUCCUGGCUAUUUCCACUAAAAGAUUCACAACAAAAAGUUCAGGCAAAAAUUUUCACUAGUGGGAAGUUCUCUAACACAACAAGACACAUCACGGUCCUGUCAGAUGGUUCCAUAUCAAAACAAGAAUUAUUCAUUUGCACAGGAGUAAACAACAGUGACCCUCGACAUUUGCUGACCCUAACCUCUGGACUUCAGGUGAUGUGUGACACAAUGACAGACGGUGGAGAAUGGACCAUUUUCCAAAGACGUGUUUCUGGGGCUGUAGACUUUUAUCGGAACUGGACAGAAUACAAAAAUGGGUUUGGUGAUUUUACUUCAGGUAAUUUUUACCUUGGCAAUGAGAACAUGUAUCUCUUAACGUCUAAAAACAGAAUAGAACUGAGAGGUCGCUACGCCUCUGGUCUAGCAGCACACAAAGGUAUGAUGUUCUCUACAUUUGAUCGCGAUAACGACAAAUACAGUGGAUUUAACUGUGCUAAUUACUUCCACGGAGCGUGGUGGUUUAAAAGUUGUCAUAACUCUCAUCUUAACGCUGGUUGGGGGACAAACAAUUUAUACUGGAUGCGCAUGUAUAAUACAUCACUCAAUGAAAUGAAAUUUAGAGCAGUCUAA